AUGGGCGGGAUGCGGCAACCUAUUUCCAUAUAUUGUUGCGCCAAAUUCACCGUGGCGGCAGUGAUUACUCUAUUAUGCAUGCUUGGUACCGUCUUCUGGGCUUCACACGACGGUUCUGAGAAUGCACGGCCGCCGUCGUUUCUGCAGAUGACGUCCUCCAGGAUGCGAUCCUGGGGGAAGCAUGAGCGUCGGAAGGAGGACCAGUGCCCAGCAGAACUGCUCAGCAGACAUGGCGACUGCCGAGUGGUCAAAGUGCGGCAGACGUGGCAGUUGGGCAAGUCCAUCAGGAUGAGAAAGGACACAGUGAUCGUUUGGAGUGCAGUGGACCCAGAAUUGGCGUCAGUCAAAGACAGCAUCAUUGGGUUCAAGCCUGCAAUGGUGGAUGUGAAGUCUCGCUGCCCCGGCGAAUCCGAAUCCAACAUGCAGGUCAAUCUGGUGCACCACAUCAACCUUUACGCCUAUGAUGCCGCGAUGCCGCUGACAAUCGGGCAACCGUAUGUCUUCGAUGGUGCAUCCAACCCGGUGCUUCCACCCAAACUGGAAGAACAGUCCAUGCGCAUGCUAGCGUCCCACGACAAAGAAGCUGGGGACUACUUCCUGCCAAGCGGAUAUGGCAUCCCCUUCGGCAAGCAGGUACUCAUGGAGCGGCACUUUCUGUUUCCAAAGUGCUGGAAUUACGACGAGGAUGUCGCGGAGUCUAGCGGCAUGGAUCUGUAUGUGACCUCCUCACAUUCCCUAAAGCCGGCGGCUUUGAUAGGAGCCGUGAAUUUCAACAUGAAUAUCCUUCCAAAGCAAGGGCCGGUGGAGUGGGUCACCCGCAUCUCCGCAGAGAAGCUUAAAGGUCUUGUGUCUGGAGGCGGAAAUGAUUGGCCGGAAAUCUUGGCAGUCCACCUGCACACACAUGACGUAGCAAGCGGCAAGUUCUUCGAGAUCCUGAACAAGGACGGGUCCGUUGCUUUCCGAUCGGACAAGGAGAAGGCGGGCUAUGGCUUGCAGGAGCAAUCCUUCGCCAACUUGCCGGAGAAAGGUUGGCCACGUUUGCGGGUCCAAGCAGGACAGCAGUUUCUGCAGCAUUGCUUGUUCGAGUCUAAUCACCUUCAGAAGCCUGUGGUUUACGGCCUGGGCUGGGGCGAAGAGAUGUGUGCUCCGCUCCUUGUCGUUGGUGGCGUCCGCGUCCGACUUGUAUCGCUGCGGAUGCCUUUUGGUAGCGCGGUGCAAGGAGGGCAGGAUCUUCGUGGUGGGCUCUGGGAUUGCCGGCCUGGUUGCAACGUUACUGUGCUGGAGGCACUCGACCGGUUGGGCGGUCGAACCCACACCUUGCACACGGGCGUAUUCGCCGGCAGAGAGGAGGGAGCACACUGGGUUCAUGGUGGCAUCGACAAUGUGCCAGUAUCAACUUUGUUGGACAUGCACAAGGUUGGGCAGGUUCGUGUCGGAGGGGAUGAUGACUACGAAGGGUCGCGAAGCCGAUUGUUGAUGUUGUCAUCUUCAAACGUGCCUCUCACUGCAGCGGAGCGAGACGUGUCUUUCGAUCUCUUCGAAUCUGCCCGGGCCGCAAGCGAAGCAUUUGCGUCAGACAAGCUCUCGGAGAAAGACUUGGGCACAUCAGUGGCGGAUGUGUGGCGUCGUGCACUGGAGGUGAAUUACUCCUCUUAUGGCCGAGCUCUUUUGGACUGGCAUCAGAAAGUGUCUUACGAACAGGACUCAGGUGCCUCCAUUCAAGAACUCAGUGCUCUGGCUGAAUAUGUAGAGGAUUAUUCGGACUUCUACUCGAAUCGGUCUGACGGUUGGGAGAUGCAUGGGGAUGGCUUCGUGCAAGGUGGCUAUUCCACAUUGGUUCAGCGUUUAGCUGCCGGGUUGGAGGUGCACUUGCAAUCUCCGGUGUCACGAAUUGAGUAUUCGAACGACAGUGUCGCCAUUACAGUCAACGAGCAGACGCUUCGAGGCACAGCAGUCAUACUCACGGCCUCAGUGGGAGCAUUGCAGGCGGAGAAUAUUGCCUUCGAACCUGCGCUGCCCAGCUGGAAGCACGCUGCACUGAAACGCCUGGGCAUGGGCAAUGUUGCCAAAGUGAAUGACGGGCUAGGCGCCGCUGGUCACAUUGGGAAGGAAUGCUUCCUAGGCGGCCAGCAGGCCAUCACUGCAGAGAUGAUGGAUGCUGAGGAGUUGAAUCGUCAAGUGGCUUCCGAGCUUCAUGCUGCUCUUGGGGCCGACGUAGAGGAGGUCAUGUUUACCAAAUGGUCCAGCAACCCUUACAUCAAGGGUGCUUGGAGCUAUGCUCGAGUGAACUCGUCUGUGGAGGACUUCGAUGCUUUGGCACGCAGCAUCGGCAAGCUUCACUUCGCUGGAGAGGGUACUUGCAGACUCCUCUAUGGCUGCUCGGUGGCCUUUGAGGGAAAUGUACAUGCCGCCGUGGUGAGUGGAGCUCGCGCAGCUCAUCAGCUUCUGAAGCUGGAGAGACGUGAAGAAGACAGCUGGCCACUCUUCAGACAUUCUGCAGCUAUGCGCAACUUCUGGGGCAAGGCCGUCCGCUAUAACAUGACAUCGCGGCUAGCAUUGAUAGAGGAUGUGCCUUGUGUGGAAGUGCACGAUUCACGGUGCCAGCGCGACCGAGAAGAAAAGCGAUCGCCACAAGACUGGGAAGCUAUAGGUUCGAUAGAUGGGUAUGCCUCCCGAAUCACAGCGGCACGGCUGACGAUGUGGUGCGUGACAUCAAACGGCUGCUUUCUGAGCUUCGAUCUGAAGGGGGACGCCGGCGGGCUGCGACCCACGCUGCUGGUGGCUGCGGCGGUCGGUGGCCUUACCUGGACAGGCAAGCCGUGGCUACGAAGCGGAAGCACCGGAAGAGCAAACGGGCUCUCGCCGCUGCUGAGGCGACCGGCACGUUCAAGGCUUACAUCGACAUCAGCGCGAACGACGCAGGCAGAUUCUCCCGUGCCUCGGGGCCGACGCAGAGCGAGAGUGGCGGGCGAACGAGGGCGCGCAGAGAACAGGAACACUGCUCAGCCAUUACCCUGGCUCCUACGUGGCUCAGUGGCAGAUCACCUCCUGGGCAGGGUGCGCGAAGUGCAGAACCGCAGAGCUAUCGUGCAGCUCUACUGGCGAUCUCCGCAAGGAUUGAGGGAGCUUUCGCCCAUGCAAGGGUUCAUCGAUUUGCAGGCCGGUGUUCAAGAGGCAGGCGGCAACGACGAGGCAGGUGGAUGGCGGAGGCCGCUCAGGGUGGGUCAGGAUGUCAGCGUGCGCGUAAGCCCACUUGCAGCUCAUCUGGAAGGAGACGAGCUUCCCUUGAAGCUUUCGCCAGAGGCAACAUUGCCACGACGGCCAUCACUGAGACGGGCGCUUGAAAAGGCGGCGUCGUCCCCAAAGCGUGGGGCAUCCGAGAGGCUUCCGAAGAAGGAGCGCCAUAGCUCCGUGUAUUGGGGAGCUGCCAAAGCUCUCCCAUUUCUGCUGGCUGGACGUGUGGGAAGGCACCUUCGAGGAAAGGUGCAAGAGCUGCACGGGAGAAGCGCCGUUGUGCAGAUCUUCUGGGAGGUGUCUCCUGUUCCAGGUCUUGAAGAGCCCCAACUUGGACCGGUGAAAGGAAAAGUCUGCCUCAAGGACCUUAUGGCUACGUAUGGCAUAAGCCGCCACCAGCGACCGCCGCCGAAGUGUGCUGAUUUCCUGCAUGAGGGUCAGUUGGUUUCUGUCGAAGUCGCCGACCUGCCCUCUGACCAGUCUCUCAACUUCGUGCUUUCGAUGCAACAGCCAGUGCUGCCAUCCUCCGUACCAACACCUCCAGGGCGUGUGCCGCUGGAGUGGCGGGACUUUCUGGACACGCACGGGCUGGUGGUGGAGUUCGCCAACCUGAGACUCCCGCCGGCUGAAGCGCUGGAAGUCUUUCAGCGCGAGUUGGGGGGCACGAGAACAUUGGCAACUGAAACGAUUGCAGCCACGAUUUGGGAGCUGACGCAGAGAGGGCAAGACAUCGUGGUGACUGGUGCAAUUCCAGCAGCAGAGCGGCUCUUUCUCCAGACCCGGCUGGCUCUUCGGCACCUGGCAGCUCUGCCAAGAACCCCGCCUGGACUUCCGGACGUGUUGUUCCUGUGCAGCGGAAGCAUUGCUCGCAGGUUCAGAAAGGCAAGUGAAGAUGGGUCCCGCGACGAGGGUCCGAUUCAUCAGACGCUUGCCGGCACCACCCAUUGGGUUCUUGAACGUGCCAGGAACAAUCCUGAGCUGCUUUCCCGCAUCUCCUUGUUCAUCGUGGACGGAGCGUGCCCCAUGCAAGAGCUCCUCGAGCUGCUCAACUUCAUGCCAAGGGGCAGACGAUGGGGACCGACCUACCUUUUCCAUCGGGAGACUUUGCCGGCCAAGAACACUGCGGCAGAGACUGCCUUGGUCGAUGCUCCCGCCCGGUUGCAGCUGGCAAAUGGCGUGAGGGGGGCCCACAUCUCCAUGCGGAUUGUCAAUGCAGACAAUGCCAAAGAAGCUGCUGCAUUGAUUGCACAGUUGCACACCAGGCAAAGCAUCCUGGUUUUCACGAACGAGAUAUCGGUUCUUCAAGACGAGUUGCGCAGAGUCGUGGCGGCGCAAGCGCUUGCAUCCGAGAGGCUCUGCAUUGUGCACAGCACUGAGCGGUGGCGGGCGUCCGCCAGCUUUGACAUAAUCUUGCAUGUGUCUCCCCCUCCGACCACUGCUGAAUAUCUGCGGCGCUUGGCCUCUUGCAAGAAGGAGGCCAUUUCGCUGGUCGCUGCGAGUUUGGAUGACCCACCGACGUGGAGCCACGUCUGGGCCAAGCAUGUGUCGGAUUUUGCCACAGGUUUGCAGAUGGCCAAGCUCCGGGAAGACCUUGCUGAGCUCUCCAGGCCCCCAGACAACAACGAGACGGAGAUCGAGGCACCGCGAGUCGCCGAAGUCGAGCUGUCCAACUCCUUCCAAAAGGAUUACAUGGUCCAAGGAGAUGAGGAGUUGCUUGGAUUCAUUGGUCAAGACGAGACUACAAUACACUGGCUGCCCGUGGCCCGUGCCCCUAGGCUCCGCAACGACUCCAGCACUCUCCGCCACAGGGGAGGCAUGGAUGAGCUUGCAGGGCCACGCGAAAGGCUUCCAGCCUGCUCGCCCAGACAGCUUCUCAACACCCAGCAGCAACGCAGUGCAUGGUUGUUGCCAGAGCAGUCCUCGCCGGUGACCGGUGUCAUCCUCGACACGACCAGCACCAGCUUCACCAGUUAUAUCGGCAAUAGCCGUGUGCAGCAAAGGACUGGCCAAGUUGACCUCCCGGUGCCAGGGGAUGACAGUGACGAUGAAGGAUUCUGGGGCGAACUGCCUCCUGCGAGAGCACCUCCGGCCGAGACAGCAGAGCCCGAGCGUGCUGUGCCCGUGCAAGUGGAGCCGCUUUUUCAGCGGCCGGUCCCGCCGCAAGAACCGCGGCAUCGCAGUCGGCUUUCUCAAAAACAGAGGAAGCAACAGUCUUGGGAGAACCAAGCCUCCUGGUCAGCGCCGGCGGAGCAAGCGCGAGAACGGCCUUCUUCGGUUCCCCAGUUCGACAAGCCCGACCUUUCCCAAAAAGCUGGAUAUGCCACGAGAGAUCUUCCCAGUCUCAGGAGAGGGCCAGAAGAGCAAAGAGACAGGACAUAUCAGGUCGAUCACGACGUUGAGCUAGAUCCAGGCGCCGAGGAUGAGCGAUCGGUCUUGGAAGCGAUCUACGGCAACGAGUUCGAAAUUCUCGGGCCCAAUGAGUGGAGGAUUGUUUUGCCCGGUGCUGCCGGUGCUCCUUCAGCAGCUGUUCGUUUCUUGCUCCCAGCUGGCUAUCCUCGCUCGGGCGAGCCACCUGUGCCUCUCUUCGAUUGCGAAGGAGCUUCGCAGGGUCUGCGACAUGCUGCGACAGAAGCCGUCGCGGAGUUGGUUGAGAAUUGGCAGCCGCCAGAAGAAGGCGAAGGCUGCAUCUACCAGAGUCUCGGCUCAAUGCUUGAAGCCACGGCUGGUUCGCAAUGA